CACUGCCCCUCCCCUUACCCAUUACUGUUUUGCAUAAUGGUUUCCUGUGUAAAGAUAACCAGAGAUCAUUCUGUGAAGUGCAACAUUGACUCCAACUCCAUAACGAUUAUAAUUGUAAGCUGUCACACAGGAAGCUCUGAAAAAUGAGGCCGCCUUUUCUGCUGAUUUGUUUUGUUGGAUUAUGUUUUUGGACAACUGUAAUUUCCCUGAAGAUCUGUGCCUUCAACAUCCAGAGUUAUGGGGAGGCAAAAGCCCACAACAGGAAAGUUAUGGAGAUUUUGAUCAAGAUCAUUUCACGCUGUGAUCUGAGUUUUAUUCAGGAGGUUCGAGAUUCUAGAGGUGAAGCCAUAUCUGCACUGUUGAUGAACCUGAAUAGGUUUGACACAUCUCACAUUUACACCCAUUUAGAGAGUAAAAGAAUGGGGAAGAAAACAUAUAAAGAGCAGUAUGUGUACAUUUACAGGAAAGAUAUGCUACAGGUGCAAGAGCAAUACCAGCAUCCAGAGUUGAAUGAGACAGCAGCAGAAGUGUUCUCCAGAGAACCGUUCAUCAUAUGGAUCCGUUCACCCACAACAUUGGUGAAGAACUUUGUCCUCAUUGGUCAACACACCUGCCCUAAGAAUGCAAUGAAAGAAAUGGAGGCACUCUAUGAGGUCUUCCAAACAGUCAAGAAAAAAUGGAGAACUGAGAAUGUGAUGUUUUUGGGCGAUCUGAAUGCAGCUUGCAACUAUGUUACCAAUAAAGGACUUAAAAACGUGCGUCUCUGGAGUGACCCGAAGUUCCACUGGUUGAUUAGAGAUAAUCAGGACACCACAGUCCGUGACAAAACACACUGCGCCUAUGACAGGAUUAUUAUUCAUGGCAAAGAACUAAUUUCUGGGAUAGUUCCGGAAUCAGCUCAGCCAUUCAACUUCAAACAAGAGUUCAGUCUAUCUGAAGAAGAGGCUCUGGAAGUCAGUGACCACUAUCCUGUAGAGGUUGAUUUAAAACCAAACCAUCGCUACCUCCUGCGUCAUGAACUCUGAAACAAUGAAAACCUGAGAACUGCUUUAUGAUGAAAAUGAUUAAGGCAGUACCUGAUGUGCUAAUUUACUGGUACUCAUACUAUACAAUGGUACUGUACUAUGUACUAUGGCACCAGCAUCUGAUGCCAUGCAGAACUUUCGCUGUGAAACUGUCAUGCUGCUACACAAAUGAAAGUUGCACUUACCGGUAGCUAAACUUUUAAACAGAAAGACAGUAAUAGUAGAAUAGCAUUUUUGAAAAUGAGUUUAGAAUGAUGUGAGGACUCUAGUAGAGACUAUUUAGACUUCAAGACGAAGCACUUGUAUUAAAUUGAAUGGGAAAAAUUAGAACACUCAAUAUGGCGAACGUUGAAAAGGAAGUCCUGCAUUUCAGGUAAAAGAGUCAACUCGAGAAUGCUCAUGCACAGCAGGACCAGCCUGAAAAAUCGAUCUAUCUAUGCUAAUUUGAAAUAUGUUAUUUAAUCGUAAUUAAUCUUGAUAAACUUUUUUUAAAUAUUUUGGUCUUACCCCAUUCAAGUAUAUAGGAGCGCUACUUUUAUGCUGUAUAUAUAUUCAUAUAUAACGGCUGCCUGGGAUCUCACAUAUUUGGAUGCUUUCACACACUAAGUAAGUUAAUCAUACCUGACUGUGAAUUGCAUUUUACAAUGAUAUCAGUAUCUGAAAAAUGAAAGCCUAAGCAAUAGUUCUGUCAGGAAGACAUUAUGUCAUUCAUUCAAUUUAAGCCUCUCAUCCAAUCAUAACCCUGCCUAUGAAAUCUGUCCUUCAUCACUUCAUUAUCCUGCAAUAGUUGUCUCCCUCCACCACCCCAUCACCACCAGUUUAGGCCCCAUACAGGUGUAAGGGGUAAGCUCCUCUCCCCUGCCAUCAUCAUCUUUGGGCAGGAUCUGGUGGUUUGCGUGAGAAUCAGAGACAUCCAAAGGAAAAUUCUGUCUGGAAAAUCAUAUUUUUCUGUGUGAUGCUGCAUCUACACCACUAGGUGUCAGAGCAACAAAAGCAGUAAUUUUAUCUGAAAUGAUUGCAAUAGGCAUCUCUUACCCAAUACAUUGUUAAACAUAAAUAUUAAUUAAAACAGUCAAAAAGGUAUUUUGAUUUAUGAUGCGGUUUAGCUCCGCUAUAGUAUCCUGUAUUUGAUGUUGAUAGUGGAUAUAACAGCUGAUUGAUUCUAAAAAUAAACACACUGUCCUCAUUUUCUCAGACUCACUGUAUUUGAACAUUGUAUCACUACUAAAAAUACUGGCACAGGACUUGUGAGUAGGGCUGGGCGAUAAACCCAUCUCAAUAAUUAUUGAAAAAAAAAUCCUCAAAAUAGAUGAUAAUCUUUUGAGUAAUUUUCUAUAUUUACUGUACAAUUUUUUUUUUUUAAUAUUGUGAUAAUGUUUUGGGCCAUAUCACACCACCCUAGUUGUUUGGUGAGAAUCGGUACUCAUACUCUCAUUAAAAUGUAUAAUAAUAACAAUAAAACUUGAACCAGUGUUAAA